GACACAAUUACAACAACUUUGAGCCGAUGGUUGGGGAAGUUUGAGAUAUUAUCAAGUAACACUCCCUUCCAAAACCCAACAUUACAUCAACUCCAUGCAUAAAUUGCCACUGGAAUACACGCAGUGUUUCGAUGUACAAUGAAGAGUGUGGAAGGUAACUUGAAGGGAUCAUUUCCUUGAGGAUUUGGCAAGAAUUACGCUACGCCCCGUUUUAGUCCUGGAUAGCUGUGCAACAUAUUCGCUGUUUUUGCAUUCUGCCGGAAUUGCUCGGUUCCAUCGACCUUCCCGUUUCUUUCCCAUGAAAUCGUGCGGGGUGUCGCUCACAGCCGCUGCCUCUGCUGCUGCCCGGAGUCUCGGCGUUGCUGGUAAUGACGAGGAGAAAAUGGCGUCGGGAGCAGCGACUGAAAUCGAAGAGGACUUUCCGAAGCUAACAACGCCAGAAAAAGAAAGCCUGGCCGAAAUUGACAGGUUAGACCAUCUACUAUGAAAAGCAGUGUGUCCUGUUGCUUUAUUCUGCGUUUAUGCUUCUGGUAAGAGUUUAAAAUAACAUAUAUGACAGCCUGUGAGUAACACGGAACCGCCUGUGUGUUGUCUGUCCUCUACUUGCAGUUCUCUGUUUGGAUUUCAUAGGCUUCAAGAAGAUGGCGCCAGAACGAAGGCCUUGCUGUUAAAGGUAUGUCACCGAAUAGGAUCACAGUGGGUUAUCUCCUCUGAUUAGUACAUAUCCCACCUAAAAUGAGUGUCACAUACCCCACAACGCCUCUCUUGCACAAGCCUCGUUUCUCCCCCAACUUUGAAGUUGAACCACCGACUCCCUGCAGAAAUAGCUCACUAUUACAGACCUGAUUGUUGCAUGCAACGUUUGCACUCACCCUGCAGAAUAAAACGUGUCAGAGGGUUCCUGCUAUGACUAACACAGCUGAGACAGGCCUAAACUCACAGCUUCAGCGCCGUGCAAAGAAAUGCAACCCCCCACCCAGCUAAAACUACCCGUUGUUAGAAGAAAUGGCACCAAAUAAUGCACCAUUUCCCCCUAGACGUUUCUUUCUUUCUCCAAGGAAGAGAUACUGGUUCUUAAAGAGAGACGGACACAUGUGUUGGUGUUACAUCUGCUGCUUUAACUGUGAACUCGAGCUAAACUGGGGGCACUAAUGUGACGGUGUAACACGCGUUAACACCACCACACACGACUGUUUUGUGAGUUGGAAAGUGUUAAAUAUAGCCCAAAUGAAGGCAGUAGUAUCCUUCUUUAAAGCCCAAGGCCAAGAGAGGUAUUCAGUGUGCAGAAAUGUGGUUAUGCUGCUAAACCAACCCCGGUUCAUCCUCACUCACGCCUGCCGGAGUUUGGGGUUUGUGCGUCAGCUCACUCUGCUAGCAUGUUAGCGGCUAACUGUCCAGCGGUUUUCUUCCUCCUCUGCUCGCACACAAAGCCCAAACAGUUUAACUCAGCUGAGGGAGGAAUAAACACAGAAAGAGUUAAAGGUUGUAUAAUUACGAGUGCUUGACUUGGUGGGUCAGAAAGAAAGAUAUCUCAACGCCAAACGCUUGCUAGCUUCCUAGUGGCAGGUGCUAAGCUAAUCACCGUUCGAUCACGACCAAUAACGGCCCGGAGUGAGCUCGGAGAGCCGGCAGCUGGAAGAGAGAGGAGUCGGCUAUUGUUUGCGGCACAUCACCUGUUUUUAACCUUUUCCUGGCAUGUAAAAGGAGCUCAGACACAGUGAAAUACACGAAAACACUAUAAACAUUUUAAAAACAGAGUUGAAACAGAAUGAAGUGCGUUUUUUGUUGGACAAGAUGAGGGGAAGAUUGAGUAAUCAAGUUGUCAACAAUCGGCAUCAUAUCUAUAGGCACAAGGCCGAUAUUAGGAUUACCAUUCGAUUAAUAAAAUUCAGGGGUAGACCAUUUAUUGGUCUCAACUGAUAACAUGAUUCUGGCAAUAAUCUGAAUCUUCAUCACCCUAUUAUUUUACAGAUAGCUGAUCCAAAUCAAUGAACUCAAAUCUGUGGCUCUUUAGCUUUGCUUCCCUUGUAUUUUCAGUAUGUCCAUUUGAUUGUUUUAAAGAUUGGAUAAUCAGAUUGAAACUGGACUUUUAAUGUACACCUCGACACAUUACUUUGACUGCAAUCGCAUUAAAUCAAACUACUCAUAGUCAGACUAAUAUACCUGGUUAGUGCAGCUGGGGGUGGAUAUUCUCUGUCAUGUGAACGACUCAAUCGACUGAAACAGGCCAAAGUACCCUGCACAUACCCAAGUGUUUGUAUGCUGGGUUUUGAGCUGGGUUAGUUGCCCGUCAGUAAUUUGAUUUCUGCCCCUUGGACAUUAAUAGUUCAGUUGAAUACCCAAUCGAGCAAUGACCGUUGCACGACUUCAUUGUGCAUGUAAACGUAUGUAGACAUGUACAUUUUAUAUUGGAUUUUGUAAUAUUCCAAAUUUGGAUACAUUUUAAUGACAAUUUUGGCUCCCCAUGAUUAUAAGAAUAUAAAAAAACAUGAUCAUUGGGACUGAGCAAUAUUGUGUUGUCUGCUGUGUUUCCCCAUUACCUCUUGAAUGAAGUACACCCUCCCUCAUUUUCAUUACAGCAGAGCCUGGGUUUGGCUCCUCUUCCUAAACAGCUUUUACUUUCAUAUAUCAUAAGCAGCUCAGAUCAAUGAGAAGCAAGCUUGGGAGCAUAAAGAAGUUUCUGCUACUUCUAAGAUUAAAGACUGGUCGCUAUGUUUUCAGCCAUUAAAGUAACAGCAGUAUGAACUAUCAGGCAGCCACAUGUGAAGAAAGGAGAGCAGGGAGAGGAGCAGGAGAAAAAAGAUGUGUGUAUUUGCCUGAAAAGCUGAGGGACAAGAGAGAGGCUGUACAGUAGUGAUCAGUAGUGCGAAUCCGGCUUCCAGGCUAAAAAGUGAGAGACAUCGUUCAAAAUCAUAAUAAGAUACAAGCCCAAGUCUUGAAGCUACAAAGGACAUUACAUAAAAGCUUGAAAAUACAGAAUGAUUUGUCAGAUCUGCAGCCUGUGGUUAAAAUAUUGAGGUAAAAGAGCUCUAACCCUCCAACGACAGUGUAUAAAUGUGUCACUACUGGUAAAAUCUGUCAUUUCAUUUAGUGAGUGUUAUCACCAAAAUGAAGUCACAGCUUCAAAGUAAAGAAGAGAUGCAUGGUCGCUUUCAGUUGUCCACAGGACUUUUUAUAUCAUCCAGACAGACAGACAUGCUUCAGUAAAGAAAACUAGCAGGCUGAACAGUUUAUUUAUUUUACCACUUACUGUGUUUUGAAGUCUUUGAAAGGUUUUAAGUUGAUAGUGUCAGUUAUCAUUGUAUCGUUGUCUUUCAGUUACAAACACUUGCUGUAUCCUGGGGGAAGUAUUGUGAGCGUCACUGUGUUUCCUGCCCCUUAUUUUCUUAAGGGCUGAGGUUUUAGAAGGUUAUAAUCCCAGUGCAUGAUCUGUGGCUUCAACAUGUGGCGUAUAUGGGUCUUGCUAAAUAAUUUUUCAGGUUUGCAGAGCACAGAUUUGGCCAGUGAUGCAUUUGGAUGUUGAUAUCUUUUCUUUCUGGGGGUUUUGUCUGCCCUGAGCAAAUCUACGGGACCCAGUUGUUCGUAAUUUGAUUCAUGGUAAAAUGAAUGAAUGGCUGAGAUUUAUCAGAGUAAAAUAAAUCUGUAUUGACUCCAGUUUUUCUGUCUGGGCUUCACUGUUUUUAAAAUGUGGCAGGAGGGGAGAGUAUUGAGUUCAACCUGAUGCAAAGUCAGCACAGCUAAAGAUAAGAAAACAGUCAUUGGUUUUAGCACCUACCCUGCAUAGUUUUGCAGUUGGAUUAUGUGUGUGUAAGUGUAUUGUUCAGUUUGCUGACUCACACUGUCUCUGUAGGGUGCUCUUAAGACCUUAGCUAACCUCUGCGGCACACAUUCAUGAGGAGAAGAGAAGCGUGGCAUUAGGUCAGCUCCUCCUAAAUGUGUGAUAGCUCAUGUAUAGUUAAUUUUAGUUGAAUGACAAGAAAAUAGUGAAUGGGCGGAGAUGUUUUACUGACUGUGAAGCGUGGGGUUUAGUGGUUAGAUAAAAUCAGCAAAGAGUUGACAAAACACAGUCUACUUACUAUUCAGUUUGAUAUACUCCAACAGCUGUGAGAAAGCUUUGUAAAAGUCUCAUGAAGCCCAAGACUUGCAAGUAUUCAAGAGAUACAACACAUGAAAUCUGUAUAUCUUUUAACUUAUCAUGACUUUUCCUGAAAGUGUUGAUUGUCUCACUUGAAUAGAUCGCCAGGUGUAUAAACAAAAACUCAUCAAAAUGUCAUGGGUCAGUUUCUGUUUGACUGAGUAAGAUUUUUUAAGCACAAAAAGAGAGGAGAGCAGGGAGAGGAGCAGUUUGUGUAUGAAACAUCUUACCCAUUUCUUUUGUUCAACAUACAAUCUGUUAGCUUCCUGGACAUGUGGAUUGCUUUAGUAUGUGAUGUAAUAGGUCAACCCAGUACUUACAAGCGGAAAGGCGGCACAUCGCCACCUGGUGUGGUGGAGGUGUGCAUACACUUGUAAAUAAACAGUUUCUCGCUCAGUGCUUAUACGCUGGGACAAGGACAGUUGUCUACUUAAUUCAUUGAGUCGAGUUGUAACAUGGCUGAUUUAACUGUCCAUGCAAACAUACGGAUUCAUAACUUUCUGUUGUGCUGCUCAUGUCUAAUAAUUUGUCAUGUUUCGUUGUGACAUAGAGACUUUUGACUUUGCAGUCUUCACCGACUUGAGAACAUGUACAUAGAGCAGAGGUUGUCAGUUUUCUUUUGCUUUCUUUUUGCUUGUUACCUUGCAUCUUAUUGGUAUUCAUGUUAGUCACUCUGCACUCUGCGUGCUGGAUAGUCAUGUGAUCAAACAAACAUGCCGCACAUGUGCUCUCACAAAAUGUCAGAGCAGCUGAUGGGCGUAACCAAACAGCCUUCAAACAAUCAGAGGAGAGCUUUAAAUGUUUACAGACACUUUCUCACAUUGACUGUUAUUGCAAUUCCAAGCCUUUUGUGCGGUUAUAUAAUUGCACAUUUUCACAUUGCGAUCCCAAAGAGUUUAUAUAUAUAAAUGGUGUAGCACCAGUCUAAAAAUGCAAAAGUUCCAGUAUGUCUUGGGUGGUCUGCUCGUAACUUUGUGAUAGUAAGUACUCCUGUAAUAGCAAGUUUCCCACAUGGAGAUGUCAGGAAUCAGAUGCUUCAUGCAAGUUCGAUCAAACAAUAAACAAAAAAAAAUCCUCUUUAUUGCCUCCCAAAGCUAGUUUCCAACUUCUUGCGCAGCAUUGCUGUCUGAAACUGAACCUAGCAAUUUCACCCAAGCCAUGUCAUCUAACAAACACACGGUCGGCUCACUAAUCAUCUCUGCAUGGCUGUAUUGUGCUCUAUCAGGAGUCAUUUGUUUAUCCGUUGUUUAAACACUGACUGAUGAGGUCCAUAUACGGGCAUCCAGCUGUUACUAUGCAAAACAGCCCCGAACGGCCGCAGGAAGUCAUUUCUGUCUUUCAGCUGUGUGUGAUUAUCUCUAAUCAAGAGAUUGUCAUAAUUUUGAUGUCACAUGUAGGGUAUUACUGCUGUUUUAUUUCACUCUGUGUUCUUCACUGCUGCUGUGUAGCACCUCUUUAACUCUGAUUAUCUGCUGUGUGCUCUUCUGUGCAGGCUGUUAGCUGCUACGACGCUCUCAUCCUGAAAGCAGAGGGCAAAGUGGACCCUGACAUUUUCUGCCAGCUGGGACACUUCAACCUCCUGCUGGAGGACUAUCCAAAAGGUGAGAGUCUCCAUGUGUAUUUCUAUAACCAGGCGGCAUGUCCAAAACACAGAAACAUUAUUUUUCUGUCUAUAUCCAAUCAUAUCAGUUUGUAUCGUAAUAAAGACUCAGAUAAACCAAGGAUUGUACAUACUGAGGAGUGAAGUCACUGUGUUGAAGCCAAUAAGAAGCUGACUAGCGAUGUUCUUCAAGGCUGCUGCUACUUUGAUUUUUGUUACUGUUCAUUUUCAUAUCUGUGCCCACAAAGGAACAUUUAGUUGAAACACUUUGUGCAUUCUUGUUGGAAAGUGUUAAAGUGCAGCUGUGGUAAAUUUUUCAGAGUAUUUCAAUGUUUCUAACUGAUUUCUUUCCCUCACUUUCACCUCUUUUUCAGCAUUAUCUGCAUACCAGAGGUACUUCAGUUUACAGUCAGACUACUGGAAGGUGAGUCCAUAUAUUUUUUUUUUUCAACCUGUUUUUGUCUCAUCCUUCCACUCCCUUUUUGUUUGACGACUGCUGAUCAGACUGUAGCAUUAGGUUUUAUUUCAGCUUUUACUCAGAAAUCGGGGGACACAGUCAAUCUUGUGUAAAUGUGCUCCCCAUGUACAAAAACUACCGUCCUUGUUGCGGCGGUUGCUGGUUCGCCCACUCUCUGCUCACUACAUUAUCUGUCUCUUUUCAGCUGUCCUGUCAAAUAAAGGCAUCAAUGCAUAAAAAAUCACUUGAAAAAGAAAACUUGCAAAGAAAUUAUGGAUUAAAACCAACUCUCAAGACUUUUGAUUUUCCGUGUGGAUGUCAGUUGGCUUUUAGCUUAACCUCCUGAUUUCAAAAGGGAGGUCGUGUGCCAUAAUGUCUGCCGGUGUUUGUUUGUCAUACUACAGAUGUUCUCAGAUAAUCUUCAGAUAAUAAAGAUGUAUCAUAGGGGUAAAAAGAAAGGACACUUCUUGGAGUGCUGUGUUAAUAUCUCUUUAAGUUUGCUUAUGGGGUAGGGUCCAAAAGGGAUUCUGUGGAGCAGACUGUAUAAUAAUCUCUGUAUUCAUACAAUACAAGGCUCAAACUACUAAACAUCAAAUUCCUGCAACAAAAGAGCUGAGCAGAAAAUAUUGCCGAGUCACUUUGCCGUCCAGGUUUCUGCGUACUUGUUCUUAUUGAGAAAAUAAAGCUUGCCCACGUGCUCGGUGUCAGUCAGGGUCACAGUCAGUUCCACAGCUGAAAAAACACACUCCAGGCUCUGAGUUGCCGGUGUACAAAUAUGUACCAGCUUUGCCAGUGUGGGAAAACUCUGUCAGUUUAGUGCAUUAAGAAACAGUAACAGCCUGGUAUACGGUUUCCGGUCCUUAUGUCAUGAGUCUUUAUUUGUGCUGUUAAAAUUUUGAUACAGGCUGCACUCUCCUUUUACACUCUGUAUAUUUGACUGUUUUUGCUCUUUGCUUAUCACCUUCUUGUCCUGCACAUUGCCCUAGUGAAACUCAUUUUAUUAUCACAAUGCCUUUAUUGAUAGUUGAAAUUAACAUUUUGCAGACAUCGGCUUUCAGUGUCUGUUCCCUCAACCUUUUACAGUUUCCAUCUUCACUUUGAGCUUGUUUUAAAGAGAUGUUUCUUUUUACCUGGUCCUCUUAUAACUUUGUUUUCUCUUAAUUAAACCUGACAGUUGAAGAGAGAGACUGCAGUGAAGCAGUGACUGCUACAACUUUGAUUGUCACCUCAGUACAUGGGGCGCACGCCUAAACUGCUAGACCGAGCGGCGCCCCCUCUUCCCGCUCUUUGAUGUUGUCACACUUUCUGAGGUUGUGGUUUGGUGACUGAAUUAACCACUGAAGAAUACACAGGUGUUCUGCCUGCUUGAAAAGUGACAUAGAGGACCAUCUUUUCUUUGCAUUGCUCUGAAACUGGGAUCCAUUUUAUGUCCAGUGAAUGUAAAUGCAUCUUCAGACACUUCCAGCUGCAGCUCUGUGAUGUAAUCUUGUAGUAGCUUAAUUCCGUGUCCACUGUGUCCAAGCACAGGGCCAGGAAAUGAAAACAUAUUGCUGUUGUAAUAUUAUGUGAGAGUGCUCCUGGAAAGCCGACCUCUCGGAGUCUGCUGUAAUAUGUGAAGUGAAUGAAAAGAGAGCUGCACACAAAGCAUCCCAGACCUGGCAGCGUGUUGAAUUCUCCAAAUCCAGCAGUUCUAAUCUGAUGACAGGACAGCCUCUCAAAGCCAUGGGUGUUAUUCAAGCCUUUUUUCUCCUUUGUGUAGAGAAGGGGUAUCAAGGUACAGUGCUGUGAAAAAGUAUUUGACAGCAGCUAAAAAAAUCAUCUAGAUUUGGUCCGAUCUGAACCCUCAGAUCAGGAUUGGGACACUCUUGGUUAUGGCUAAAAUGAGGCUCAGUUCUACUCGUAUGCUCUGUUCAUAGCGUCACCCUCUUGAUCUCUGAAGCAGCUGUGGUCCAAGCAGUCACCAUGUCCCCAGUCUCAGCUGUAACCAGCAGAGCCAGACAGCUGCAGCUGUGUCCACAGCCGGCGGCUCUGAACUGUCAGAGCUCGGCCUUUUCAAAGGACGAGUGAAUAAGAAGUGUUUAAUUUUGAGUGUCACAUCCUCUCCUCUCUGUUUUAUCUGAGACUGUUUCCUUUAAGAGGCACUGAGUCAUAACUGGACAGGACUGGUAUACUGUUAGUAAAGAUCAGGCUGAGGAAUUAAAGGAAUUACUGAAGAGGACGCACAGGUUUAGCUCAGUUUUACCUCUGUUUUGAUAGCCUGAAGUUUGCGCCCCCUGUCUGGGUGUAAAUUGUCCAAUCAGCUGUGACCUGGCGGCGCCCAGCUCUCACUGAGGAUGGGAAGGCCGGCUGGAUUUAAUGUUUCAGGGGUUCGGAGCAACCAUUUAACAGAAGUGCUGAGAGCUGGAUGGUUAUCAGACCUGACAGCUCUGGACUCCUAAGGAUUAGACAUCUCAACAGAGGGCUGAGGGGGUCUAACCUCGGCUGUGUGGGACAGCAGUGAUAUAAAGAGGCAGAAUUUGGUAUAAACAGGGGCUGUUAUUGACCUGAGUGACUGGAUAUGGAUAUGAAUACUUUAGUUCUGAAAGUCAAUAAAUCCUUCGCCCACCUCCAUCUUGACAGCCAUGAAACACAGGAAGUUAAGACGGUGUUUCUUUAACACUCUGUGGUCACCUAAUCUGACCUAGUGACCAUCCUAACAGACGAGGACGUUGUGAAGUCACUCGCUAUCAGUCCAACAAUUUGCUUCUUGUUUAAAAAAAUUAAAUGUAAACAUAAAAAAGACUUAUUGCUGAUGAUUCUUACAGUUUCUAAACUUUUUUUUCCAGAAUGCUGCCUUUUUAUACGGCCUUGGGAUGGUUUACUUCCAUUACAACGCAUUUCAGUGGUAAGUGCUUGAAAACCUCUUUUUUUCAUUGCAUGCACGUCUUCAAAGAGUUUACCGUUGAUCUAGCUGAUUGGAAAACAAACCGGCGAUACAAAAUCUGAUCCCCUCUCAUGAUGUAGUGAAUGUUUAUGAUUUUCUAUACACUUGUUCAGUAACAGUGUUUUUUUGGGCAGCUUGCAAAAAGAGUAAAUGUUAGGAGAUUGUCUUUUUUUCUGGUUUCCACCAUUAACGUUUGGUGUCUGUGACUUCGGCUAUGUGUACGUGUUGGAUGUGUGAGAAGUUUUGACUCAUAAUUGCACAAGAAUUGGUUAAAACAAACCUUAAAGUGUGAACAUCAUGCUUGGUGCUUAAAGUGCCACUUUUUGGACGAUAUUUCAUGCCAGCUAUGCUCCAUUGUUGUUUCAUAAAGACAACAUUUGAAAGGGUUGCUGUAGCUCUGCACUGAAAGAUUUCAUAUAACUAGAUCAGCAAUUAAACUCUGGUCCAGGAUCAAUAGAUGUUGUAAGAGCUACCCCAGAAAAAUGGCAGCAUUUAGAUACUUUUAAUGACUGAUAAUGCGUCCUGUUUUUGUUUUCUUUCUGGGCUGAUUUCAUACAUUACAUUGCAUGAACCAAAGUGUCCUUGAAUGAACUUUCUGGAAGAUAAAAGAGUUGUAAAGGAGUUGGCUGGAUUACCUGGAUAUCCUGUAUACUGUAACAACGGUCAUGAAUAUCUGACGAUCCUGGAGGAUACAGUUAUAUUUCAUCAUACUUUGCUUUCCUUGGUAUUCUGGAUAUUGGCAACGAAUACCUGGUUAUCCUUGAUAGCUACAGCUAGGGGUUAUAAAUAACUAGCUAUCCUUGGAAGUCCACAGGUGAUCUCACAAUAAGCGAUACCCUUGAUAGUAGAGGUAAGAAGAUCAAUCCUGGGAUAUCCCAAUGAUUAAAAUGAAGGUUAUGGAUACCUCACUUUCCUGGAUACUGCAGUUACGAUAAUGAAUACCUGGCUAUCCCGGAGAGUAAAUUUGAACACCUGCCAACCUUAACAGUGCUGUUAGUUUAAUGAGUACCUGGAUAUCCAGGAUUGUGCACAUCAUGUAAUCAAUAGCUGUUUAUCCAGGAUAGUGCAGUCAGGGUCUGGAAUACCUGGCCAUUCUUGGUACCAGUGCAGUUAGUCCAGUGAAGACCUGAAUAUCCUGGAUAGUGCCGUUAGGGUUAAUUUAAAAUGUAUACCUGGAUAACAAGUUUACAGUUUAACUUUUCUUUUUAUUAGAAGUACAGAUAUACAUCCAGAUAACCAGCAUUUGUUGUGCUUAAUAUAUGUCACAGUUUCUCAGUUUUGAAACGGUCAAGACAUUGCAGACUAUUUUGACCAUUAUGAAUUGAUAUGUCAUAAAAAAGUGAAGCAAUAAUAAUUUUGUUUUAUUUGUGAAUUUAGCAGGCAUGUUUUUGUUGUGGUUUAAUCAAAGCCGCACAGUGAUAACUGUCAUAUCACAUCAAUGCAGGUCUGCCGGGAUAUAGUAAAAAACUAGAUUAAACUACAUUUUUGUUGCCUUGUAUUUGGAAGGGUACUCAAUAUUAGCUGUUUGGAAGUUCAGGUAAAGGGUUCGGCUCCUAGACUAAAAACCAGAGCUGGAAACAUCAUUGGUUUCGUCUCCAAUUGAGCUGUUUUACUCCUCUGUGUCGCUCGUUGCCGCCCCUCCGCCUCGGCCAUGACCUUGUUGCACUGCCAAGUUUCUGUGUCCGCGUUUCUAAAGCCUGGGAAUGAAUUCAUGGAGGAGGGGAGGGAAGGGCAGGGGAGGGGGUCCAUGCCGGGCUCUUGAGGAUGGAUUACGUCACCCUGAGCUCAAAGCCUGAAGGAAUGCUGAGCUGUCAAAGCAAAGGAACUCGCAGCCAAAAUAUCCAGCUUGCUCACACACAAGAUCGAAGCAUUAAAACUGAGUAUUUGUUUGUCUCAUGGUUAGAAAAUCCAUCCCAAAUCCAUCCUCCUCCUAAAGGACAAAUACUAGGUUAGAAUUAUUUUGGAAAUUGAAGCACUGAGGAUAUUAAAUCUCAAAGUUUUACAGUAAACAGGCUGAUUUUGAAGGCUAAACGUGCACCCUUUCCCUGUCAGAUGAAGUUAUGUAAGAGGAGAGUAUUUUUUUGUUCAUCGUUCGGCUGCAGACCGCCUUACGCUGUGUGUCACUCCCGAUCCCACUCUCUCCGAGCUUCGCUGUGGAUUCUGCCAGCGAGAGGAGGGGGAGAGGGAGGAGGGACCAGAUAAACGAGGAGGAAGAGGCAGGGAGACAGGGAGGAGGGAACAGGGGCAUUGAGUUCACUGAGUGUGUGUGUGUGUGUUGGAGUGUGUGUGCGGGGCACCCUGUCUGCAGUGAGCUCAGAGCUCUGCUGCUUCAAACAGGAGAGAGGGGCUUCGUGCUGACAGGCAGUUGCCAUUGUUGUCGUUGCCACACAGUGAGUGGGUUCAAAUGGAAACUGGUGCUUGUUUCAGGGUUCGAUGGGCUCUUGUCUCUGUAGACUCAGGUUUAUUUUUAAACUGUUUGGGGAGGUGAAGAUUAAUGUUAUUAUUGCUAACAUGACAGCGGCGCUUAAGUGUUUGAGAUCUUUUCCACAGUACGCGCCAUCCAUAAGGACGGUAACCCAAUAAAUGCUAAAGACACAGAAUUACCAUUGUAACUAUUGGUUAAUAUCUGCUAUCUCUGCCUUCAAUGUUAUCAUGGAGCUUUUUCUUUGACUAAAACACGCAAAUGCCAGCGGUUUCCAAGAGAGUUUUUCCAAACAGUUUUAAAUGUCAGCUACAUGUUAGGCCUGAUGACUCUGUUUUCUGCAGCUGAGUAUAGAGACGGUCACUUCCCAUGUGCACAGUGUUGUUCAACAGUGUUUUGACCAUAGACUGUAUAUACUAUGGACAACUUGGUUCUGCCUUCUGCCUGUAUAUGGAUUUGAAGCCAAAAAGCUCUCGGUAUUUCCAGGAUAUUUCUUCAUUUCCUGAAACCAGCAUUGCGCAGUAGCUAUGCGCGCAUUCGGGCGCGCAGUCGUCGAGAGUCGCUGUGAUGACGCUCGGCUUAAACAGCGUAUCCCCCGGGAGAGCUACGCAAUCCCUGAACGCCAAUAGGCUGUAUCAGGUGUCAAUCAUAGAAAACAUGAACCCCAUAAUAACUUUUAAAAACUGAGCUUCACAGAAAAAAUAGGACUUGAGCACAAACCAGUCUUACUGUAACUACAUGUCAACAUCACAAGCUGGGGGGAGAAAAAUUUAUGUUCUGUGGAAUAAAUUUCUAAAGUUUGAGUGUCUCGGGGUGGCUUCACCCAAUGAGGAGGCAGACUCUGUCCAUUCUUUAUACAGUCUAUGGUUUUGACCUAGUGUUGGGCGGUAUGAACAAAAUGAGUAAUUUCAUAUCACGGUAACUGUAAAAAUCACGGUAUGGUAUUUCCUCCUGUAAAUUCAAUUAAUGGCUUUAAAAUAACCAUACUGCCGCAUUUGUUCAUUUUCCUUGUAUUUUCAAACUUGGAUUUGUAUACAAAUGCAAAAAAAAUGCCAGACUAAUCUGGCAUACCUUUGGUGAAAGUCUCUGCCAAGCUCUUUUGUACGGGAGAAGCUGCUGCAGUUUUAGUUUUUGGUGCAGCAGGUGCGUCAUGCAUCUUUUGGCUCCCUUGGUGUAUUUUAUCUUUAGGUGGUGGAAGAGGUUGCUGGUGUUUCCUCCUCCAGCAACAACACUCUUAACAUAGUAUAGUUUUUUGAUCAUUGUCGGCUUUUCUAAAUCUGAAGAAUCUCCAAACAACCCAUGUCGCGACUUGCAUUCCUCCUCCUCUUCUUCAUGUUGGGUGGGUCGGGCUGCCCCCGUUUGCUCGGUACUGCCACUAAUCUCCGUGUCCGCCACGACCACCACCAGUGACACUGUUUCUUCUUCAUUGAAACUAUGCAGAGCAGUCUGCUGGACACGCUGGUGAUUAUAGGGAGCGCAUCCAAACCUUACCAAUCAAAGUGAGCGAACAAACUCUGCACGACACACUGGUGAAUUCACGGAAACGCACCCAAACGGAUGCGCUCUGGCUUCUUCUGUUAGCGAUUUCAGACAACUACACACUGACUCAGAGAGAUGCAGCAGACAUCGUCUCUCUCUCUCUGGUAUAAACAGCAUAGCAAAAUUCCUACUUAUAGACACUUUUAUUCUGUCACAUGGUAUAUACCGUCAUACCACCCAAAACUAUUUUGACCUGACAAAGAUCUUUAUGUUUGUACCUGCUGUGAAGUUACUGUAAAACUCUAAAGCCUGGUCUAUGUGUCUGUGCCGGACCUAUGCUGUAGUUUCAAAACAUAAGUCUGUAGUUAGAUGUCUAUGGCCACUGCCUUGUCCUGCUGUGCUCCCUCCCUAUUUGUUUAAAGGAAACCAUGGCGACUAAAUCCCAGCGUGAUAUGUUUGAGUUAUCUUAACAUGUAGCAUCAUAGCUGUGGACUGAAAAGAGGUGACAGCUUGUCGUCAGGGAACACGAUGUCAAAUCUUCCUGUUAAACUUUUAAGCACAUCAUAAGAUUGUUAUAAGCUCAUCACCUUAAAAUCCCCGAAACGAGAUCUCAGGGAUCUGGAUCCAUCAGACAGGCAAACCUAAACUAGUCCAGUUAGAGUCUGCCCUAUAAUGAUGCUACAUUCACGCAUUGUGUUCACUUUUAAUUAAAACAAGUAGUUCCCCACACAUGAGGACCACGCUGCUGCCAGCCUCAUCUACUUUAUUUGCGUACUUAGACACGCCCACAGUUCAGACAUAAUUAAAAUAACGACAACCCCAUUCAGUGCGGGUGUUAAUGCAAAAGCUCAUGAUUAGAUUUCCUUAUACAAAUAACCCAUCCAGGCAAAGAUGAAGGUGAAAGAGGGCUAGGAGAUUCCUGUACAAAAAUACCCACACUGAAAGUAUGUGGCUUCACCAUUAGACCGAGAAUGUGCAGUCUCAUAAAAGUAAGCUGCACAGAUUCAACAGCUGGGUUUGAGUAGGAUCUACAGCAGGUGUCUAGACUGAAAAGCACAAGAGAUUUUGAGACUUGAAGAGAGACUUAAAUAUGAGUAUGCACAGAUAGAGGAGAAAGAGUGGAUACAUCAAACUUAUUCAAUGAGGACAGAGUUGAUCUGUUUUUACCUGUCAGUCAGUCAGUACAUCCCAUCCCAGGGACUGUUUGUGAAACACCUCCGAUUUCAGCUGGUUAACAGAAUCUUGUUAAGUGUACUUUGUGUCUGUUUUUCCAGGGCAAUCAAGGCGUUCCAGGAGGUGCUUUACAUCGACCCCGGUUUCUCAAGAGCUAAAGAGAUUCACCUGAGACUGGGACUUAUGUUCAAAGUCAACACAGACUACGAGUCGAGUUUAAAGGUAAGCCUGAAUGUCAGUUUGCUCCACUAUGAAUUUUAUCUAGACAAUUAAGUGACACUGUUUUAUAUCCUGUCAGUAUAAACCUAUAACAUUUUUACAUCUAAUAUAUCAGAAAUAAUACCAGAUCAUAACUUCCAUGUCCUUCUAAAGCUUAAAUAAAGAAAAUGUUCUUAGUUGCGUUGAAAGAGAGAUAUUAGGGCUGCUGUUUAGUAGUUUUUAAUGGAGAACAACUUGAUUGUGAAAUGUGUACAAAUUGCGGGAAAUUUGGAUCAAACCUCUGGUAGUGUUUUUUGCUCAUUGCAGCAAAAAUGCUUGUAACAUCAUCACCUUUCUUAGGCUUGUUUUUGCUGUGCUUAAGCUUUAGAAGAUGGCCGUUUGGCCCUUUUAGUUUCAGAAAAGAGGGGAAUGGAAAUCAUUUCAACUUUUGGAAAUCAGAAAAUGUCACUCAAAUAAUGGGAGUAGCAAUACGACUAGUAUCAGACAUAUUUGGAGGAGUGAAAAUAAAAUGUGAUUAGAGUAUUUGCUGUAAACAAAGCAUUAGUAUCUUUAGAAGAGUGUAAAAGUAGCAGGAAAAUGUGGCCAAAAAUUAUAUCAAAAUAUCUCCAGAAAAUUUAAAAUAACGAUUUUUAAGGAUAUAAGGGUAUAAACAAGUUACUGAUCACCCUUUCAAGUGAGUUCCAGUGAGCAGACAGCAGCACGUGAUAUUAAAGAGAUAUUAGAAAGAUAGAAAGAUAUUAACGUUAACUACACUUACCAUGAUAUCCCAGUUUUAUUUUAACCCUAGCUGCAGUAUUGGGGAUUUCCAGGUAUUCAUAACUCUAACUGCACAAAACCGGAUUUCCAUGUAUUUAUCUUAACGCACUCAGAUUUUAACCAACAAAGUACAGAUACAUGUAUUUCGCGCCAUUGAAUCUUAUUGCAUCACAUCAGUUUUUGUGUACCUCAGUUAAGUACGUAUUAUGAUACCGAUUGUAUUCUGUAGUAAUUCAAUGUAGUGUUGCACCCCUAAACUGUCACACCUGAGAUAUUUCUACUGUAACUUUAAAGCUGCUAACAGAGAUUGGUUAGGGUUAGGGUCUGAUCAUCCUGUAAGCGUCAGAAACAUGGACUCUGUGGGGUCAUUUUUCCUUUAUGCUGCUCGGUAUUGUACUCCUGAUGUGCAGUCACACAGCAGACGUGACCUCCCCAGUCCUCAGAUUAACAAAGGCUGCUGGAUCGUCUGUCUGCUCUGUCUGUGCUAAAGCCUGUCUCCUGUCUCCCGACACCUGCGAGCCUUCAUGUUCAGACUGUAAUGAAGGGCUCUCUGACUGGAGCCUAUGGAUCUGUUGUUGUCUGACAGUCCUGGUUCCCUUUAGGGCCAGACUGAGACCUGAUCCUGGGCUUUGUGCUGCCCCAGACGUUAUGUCACGGGAGGUUUUAGCAUGUAUGUCAAAUGCACUGGCAAACUUGCGGAACAUUGCUGUACAUUUAACCUCAGAGCUGAUUCCCCGCUUAUUUAGAGGAGUUUGUAGCUUAGAUUUAGAUGAUUUUAGUCCGUUUCAACAAACAGUCUUGAAAGGAUGUUUUUUUUAAGCUAUUUUAUCUUUAAAUUUAGAGUUUGAAUGAGAUCACAUCCUUUCAUGCACAUCUUGAUGUCUUGGUUCUUGCUGGUGGAGCCUGCAGCUCAGCAGGCUGCACGUGCUGCACGUCCUCCCUCACUCUCGGCUGCACCCCUCCCUUCCCCGUACUGGCUCUCUGCCAGAAUAUCACACACACAAACACACACCUCACACACAUGACUGCCCCAGUUAUCCACAGGGAGGGGCCGGUAAAUGUCUGAAGGAGCAGCAGGGACUGAAUAAAGGUAGAAGAAAGAGAGAUGGGAGAGGGGGGGGAACACAGGAAAUUUAAGAAAGAGCUGCAGAGGAUGAUGAUGAUGGAUGUGCGGAGGAAGAGGAUGUGGAGAUUGAAAUGAAGCACGCAGGUUUCACAGAGCUUCCUCUUUAUUCCCUUGGAGCAGGGCGGAUAGAAAAAGAGAUUGAGAGGGAUCAAGUGAUGGAGACAUGCACUUUCCUGGUCAGGGUACAGAGACUGGGGGUUUGCCGUAGAAGCAGUCCAUAAUAAUAUCAUAUUUGUUGUUUAAUGAGGGGCAAAAUUACUAUAAGAAGUGUGUCUCUCAUUUCGCAAAAUCGAUAACCUCAAAACCUCAGCCUUAAUUUCAACACAACACACUCCCAUGUCACUUAUUAAGCUGGACAGUCGUGAUCUUGCUUGGCUGUGAUCGCCUCACCCUCUCACAUCCUGCUCAUCCUUUCCACCCGGCUCUUCCUUCUGCUCCUCUCCCUGCCCUCCUCUCUCCACCUGUGGCUGCAUGAUCACUCAUGCUGCCGCAGCACAACACAGUGAAAAUAAAGCAGUUCACUAUACACUGAGCAGCAUCCCAACUUCCUCAUCCUCCUGAACUUUGAUGGAGGGGAGGGUCAGAGCCCACGCUUUUCCGUAAAGGAAGAAAUAGAGGGUGUGCCGCAUUCAUCGUACGGAACAAAACAAGGCAACAUGGCAGGCGGUUAAGUAAUCUAUCUCUAUUAUCUUUUUUUUUACUACUGCAGUGUGGUCAAAUGUGAACACCUGGAUCUUCAUUAAGAUCUAUCAUGUCCUCAGACUGAGAUUUUCAAGGCUUCCUCACUGUCACUGAAAGAUUUGCAGCUCCAGACCAAUUUUUCAAGGAAAAAAAAUGGCCCUUCUCAUACUGUGAAGAAAUCACACCAAACCACAUUUAAUGGCAGUUUCAAACUGCAGUUUAAUGAGUUUGAAUAGGUAUUAAACGGGCCUUCCAGUUAUUCACACGUUGAAUUUGGAGAUGAGCCGCAGAAGUUGAAGAUGUUGAUUUUAACGCAAUCCCAAAACGGCAACCCCUCGAUUGUGUUGUUGCUCGGCAUAACAACCAAGUGAUAGAGGCUUGGUUGGAGCCAGGGUCUGCAUUUAUUUUCACAUCUACUUUAUUAUUUAUCUUUCUAUAUGAAUUUUUUCUCUGAACCCACUACAUGAAAAGACUCUCCACCAAACAGACUCCUCGUAGCUGCAGAGAAAUCUAGGACUGAGACGCUUUUAUUUGUAAGGUGAGAAGUUGUCUGUCUCUGUAGAGCCAGGGAGAGGUGCAGUGUGUGUGUGUGUGUGUGUGUGUGUGUGUGUGUGUGUGUGUGUGUGUGUGUGUGUGUGUGUGUGUGUGUGUGUGUGUGUUUUCCUGCUUUGAGGUAUUGUGUGUCAUCUCUCUGCACUCUCCACUGCAGCCGUCUGCUGAAUAGUAAUCAGUGACACCAGGAGAAGAGAGAGGAGAAGGGAGGAGAGGGGGGAAGGAGGGGGUAGAUAGAGAGAGCGAGAGUAAGAAUGAUAGCAUAGAGACGGAGAGAGAGAGAGAGAGGGAGAGGAAGAGAGGAAGGCGAGACAUGCGGGAGAGGGAGGUGGAAUACCGAGCUGACAAUCGUGCUGCAUUAUCUGCCUGGUUGGAGGAGCAAGUGUGAAAGAGAAGGAAGGGAAGGAGACGGAGGGAGAGACCUUCAGGAGGAUGCAGAGGGCUUCUAAGAGGAGUGUCAGCCGUCUAGGUAACACAUGAAUUCUCUUAACAUUACGCUCCUGAUGAGUGUGUCUGAUAGCUCGGCUUUAAAGGAGUUUAUUCUGAGCUCGGUGCGUGUGUGUGUGUAUGUGUGUGUGUGGGCGCACGUGUGAGUGUGUGACGCUCCGGCGGCCCCUGGGUGAACCACACAGAGACACAUCCAGCUGGUCGCUUCUUGAUUUUUAUCUGUCUGACAUUGACCGGCUGCUGCAAGGCUGCUCGUCUGCUUUAAGUGUUUGUGGUUGCAGCUUUUUUUUUUUUUUUUUUUUUUUAAAUCCUAAAGCUCCAGAUGGCAGAAACUGAUAUUUUUUCCUCUUCUUCCGCUGAGAAAUUCUCCACCAGAGCAGCAGCAGAACAGCCUGUUCUGACUCUGUGUGUGUGUGUGCGCGCUUCAUUUUCCUGGUUUCAGCAGGAUUUCACAUGCCGUUUUUUUCUGACCCAGAUAAGAGGAGCUGCCGACUCCUUUUUUUUUAAAUGCAUGCAGCUGUAGCGUGGUGCAAUACUACUUAUCACCUUGAAGCCACCUAUAGAUGCCUGAGCGCUGCCUGUGCAGAAUACCCUCACUGGAUUGCAAUAUUCUCACCCUUCCAGCGGCAUCAUGUGUCUUCUCUGCAUAUUUUUGACUCUGCUCGUGUCUUCAUUACAGUCAAACGCUAUCACCAUUGUGGCUCACCAUGUCAGCAUUUGAGGGAUGUUACAGAGGUGUAUGGAAGCCCUAAGGGGUCAAUAAAGAACAAGAGAAACGUCCUCUCUGCAGCUGUGUGAAGCACUCCUGCACUAAUCAGUUCAAUGACCCUGAUGAGAUAUUAGCCGGUAUUGAGCCACGCCUCGACGAGGCUCUGCAGACAUCUUCCUCACACAUUAACAGUCUUCAGCUCAGAUGAAGGUGUGGGGAUGCAUUUUAAACUUGGUUCCCUGGUUAUAAAGGAGGAAGCAGGAUGUGUGUUUCAGGAACAGGGACAUCGCGGUUCAGCCCCUCUCACUCUGGUUAUCAGUGGCCUGGUGUUGCGGUCAGCAGGUUCAUUCAUGGUUUGAUGGAGUUUUAAUGCAGCAGACCAAAGAGCGAAGAACAAGAACUUCUCUCGGGGUUCUUUGACCUUAAAAAACUCUGCAGCAGAAAUGCUCUUCUGGCACAGUCAGGGGUGCUAUUUGCUUGUUGUCAGGUAUUGACAGCCUGAGCCAAUCACCUGUGCAAGUCAAUAGACCGUACACAAAUGAUCCCCAAAACAUUAGUUUGACAUCAAAUUUAGCCAAAUAAACACAUCUUACAGAUUAUACAAAUGAUUCAGGAAAGGGAAAAAUGAAUGGUUUCAUAACAGUCCUAAAGAUUUUGGGAUUCUCCUUUUUACAUGAGCAAAGUGAAAAGGUGAUUUCAAGUCUUGUACCAUCUCUAAAAUCUGUCAAACUUUGAGGUAAAGGUUUAUGCUUCUGCCUCUAUGGGCUCCGUAAUUCAUUGAUUCACACAGUGAUCUGCUGCACGAUUGUGAGUACCUGCAGUUGCCGGGGUGUUAAACCAAGGCUGUAAAAUUUACAACAUCUCAAUACUUUUCAUCACCACUUGCUUUAAAACUGAAUGAUGCUCAUUGUUUUUAUGUUUGAUAGUGUCUAAAUGCACUAAUGCCUGUGAGCCAGAUUCUGCGAGAAUAGGUCUGUCGCCAAUGAGAUGAAGUCCAGCCAUAGAGCGCUGGUCGUGUCACCCAGCAAAACUGAAAAAUGAGAAGUUAUUGUCCUGACUGUUCCACAUCAGAUACGCUCUAAAGACCUGAUUUACACGUCCUCAGUUGGGCUUGAUUUUCUUUCCUCUAUGUGUGCGUCUCAAACAGAUUGAAACUUGCCUCAAAGUUCUGACCCCCAAAUUUACACGUCAGGCUUUGACCUGGAUUAAGAACUGUGUUAAUGUGUUGUAGGAAGCUGGGUUCUAAUCAAAAUCAAAAGCCUGAACUGGGUUUGUAACUAAAAAUUGAAGUUUCAGCAUCUAAUAGAGGAGGUAAAAGUUUAUGAGGUACACUUGCACAGCUCUGUGGCGUUGAGUCAAUCAGACAGUGUUGUUGGCGAGACUGAAGGGGAGAUAGAGCGGAGAGAGACAGCAUUAGCAGAGCAUGUCCAACACCAAGACCUAACAUUCGAAGCGGAGAUUUUAAAUCCCUGUGUGGCAAUCUGUGGUGUGGAGAGGGACAUCUUUAGCGAUUCAAGUUCCUUCUCUGAAAUUGAGCAGAUGUUAAUAAGCUGUCUGCUGGCGUUCUACUGCAUGUACAGUAGCGUAAAGACAUUACAGUGUAAACUCAUUACCUUUCGCCUUAUAAAGAUGAAAGCCUUACCUACCUUUUGAAGGACGAAAUAAGCUUCUGGUGAAUUGGGUUUUUAUUUCAGAUCCAUUCAAACAGAAUCAUAACUGUCCACUGAGGCCAUCCUGGGGUUACAAGCUUUAAGAAAUCCAGAGCAUUAUGAAUUCAGAUUAUUAACAGAAGAGAUAAAGAUGAGUACAUUGACAUUUAUCAUGUAAAAGUCCAUCUUAAUUCAGAUUUUUCUUCAUGUUAUUUUCUGUUUUCUCUGCAGCAUUUUCAGCUGGCUUUGAUCGACUCCAACCUCUGCACUUUGUCCAAAGCUGAAAGUAAGUAAAAUUAUGAUCAAAGUUCGAGUAAGCAGAGGCCCUGUACUGCUGCUGCUGUGUAAUGCAAUAUUAGAUUAGAUGGAGCAGCCUGUCAGUGACAGAUAGCACAUAUUAAAAGGCCAGAGGAAUAUUUCUACAGAGCAGCUCUUCCCCUCUUGCUGCCGUCUCCCUGCUGACUCUGAAUGAGACCACGGUUGCCUUGGAGACUGCACAUGGCGAUUUCAUAUUACAUGUGCAUGUGCAUUUACACCCCCUCCCCCACUUUUUCAAUCAGUGCUAUAUACAGUUUACAGUCUGAACACAGUAAUAAUUCCUGUGCUGUAUUAAUACAAGUCUCUGCUUUGUUUCCACAGUCCAGUUCCACAUCGCUCAUUUGUAUGAGAUCCAGGUGAGCGACACAUUCUCAUUUUUCUUCCGAUCAUUGAUGUUCAUAAAAGUUGAAUCAACUCCAUCACGAUCAUUUGUUACUGGGUAAACAAAAAAAAAAACAACUCAGGUAGAACAAUGUCAGUUGUCCUCUUAACAAUGCUGUUUUAAUUUGAAGUUAAUAAAGGGAACCCAACAACGAUUUCUAAACAACCUAUCAGAGAUUUUAUUCUCUAAUGAAAGAAGUCUGGUCCAGUUCAGUCAGUAGGGCAUGCAAGCUGUUAUCAGGGAUUCCACUGUUGAGGAAAGGCACCAAAAUAACCGAUCUUGUGAUGUUAAACUGGAUGUUGUCUUUUCUACUUUGAUUUUAUUUGAUCAACUUAGUUUUGUAUUUAUCUUCAAUUCAUGUCAGGGAAUGCUUCGGGGGUGUUAAAUCUACAGCCUUGCUGAGCACCCUGGAUCUUUUUGUAGCUUCCAGAGAAAUCAGCCUUCUCCUCUUAAGGCUUUUACUAUGUGAGAUGUUCAGCUCACACUGGCAGUAUGUAUUGUGUGAUCUGUCAACAAGAUCCACGCAUUGAUAAAAGGUAGAGGGAUGCAUUAAGGAGUCAAAUGUGAAGAGAAAAUCAGACCUGUUGGUUUUGAAGUCAUAAAUCUGACUCUCUUUUAGCCUGAUUAGAUCAUCAUGCUAUCUUGACUUGAGAAUUAAUAUCAUAUAUAUUUUUAUAUAUGGAAACUUCGAAAUGUUAGCAGUAUGUUGAUAGAGCUGUGAAAUGGAGAUGUGCAGUUACAGAAACACAAAACGGCUGAGAGCAGAGGGUUUAUUGCUGUGAUGUGUUGCAGACAGUUUGUGCAUGGGACCAUUUUUAGCGUGAUGCAUGUUCAGAUAGUUUCAGACUAAAAGUCUUGUUUCAUGGGUUUUGUUUAGAAGUUUCUGUAUAAUUAGUUGCAUUUCUUCACAAAAGUCUCCUUUGGUGAAUUCUGGGUGUGAGUGGGCAGCUUUGAAUUAAUUUGGAGAGUGAGAUUGAUUUCCCUGAUUUUUUGUCGUGUCAGUAUUUUGUCGUCCGCCUCAAGGACCAUCAUCAGUCUGAGCAGGAAAGACCCACUUAGAGCUUCUCUCAUUUAUGUGCCCUGAGUGUCGGUGUUUACCCGGAGGUGUCUUUAUUGUCUGCAGACAGGAAGAGCCUCCGACCAGACUGUGCAGAUGUGCGUUUGUGUGUGUGUGUGUGAGGAGUUUUAAAGGGGCGGGUCAGCAUGCGAUUGAGCUGAUAAGGGAAUAUUUUACCUCCAGAAACGGGUUCAGACUCAAGGUCAAUAAGGUCGCAGGGUGAAAACAAACAGCAGACUCACCUCAGACCGCGGAGCUCAGGUUUCCUAAAAACACAAAGAGUGCAGUGCAGCGGUCACAUGCACACACACACACACACACACACACACACACACACACACGCACAGUCACGCACAGAAACACACUCGGUGCUGCCAGACGUGUUGAGUCUGGCCUGUCCUCCUCCAUGCUGACCCUCCCCCUUGUGUGUCUGUCUGUCUCUGGGACUGGCCGGUCAUUACGAGUGUGAGGAGGUCUUAGGACUCUUUGUGUGUGCCAGUUGUAACCAUAAAACACAGUGACCCUCCUGUCUGGCUGAAACAACCCCUCUGUCUCCUUCUCUCGUCCUCAGAAGAAAUACAGAGCGGCGAAAGAAGCGUAUGAAAGUCUGCUGCAGACUGAAAAUCUUCCUGCACAGGUGAAGGCCACCACUCUGCAACAACUGGGUGAGUGUCCCUCUCUAUACUGAGUCCUGUCUCUUUAACAUUUUCCACGAUGCACCUCUUUGCACAACCAUCAAGCUCUUUUCAUGGAUACUGUUCGGGACGGUGUUGCAUUUUGCUUUGUGUUUCCAGGAGUUGCAGCAGAAUUUAUUGCAAGUUGUUUAAUAUGCUCUGUGAUUUUUAAAGUACCAGUGUGAGUGUGUGCAGCGGCAGAGCGCUAUUUUCUCUCCAUCCCCUCCCCCCACUGACAGAGAAGACAUGCACGUGCACUCAAAUGCAAAACUGUUGUGUGGAUGGGUGUGUGUGCACGGUUCCUGCACAGUAUGUAAAAAUAAGGAGGUGCAGUUUAGUUAAUGCAGGUCUGGAUAAAUUAAGAAGAGUAAAAAGAGAGAGUUGAAACAAUUAAUCAAUAUUUUUUCCCCAAAAAUUUUAAGUUUUCUUCCAACAAAAAUUACAAAAAAAUUACUUAUUGGUGGCUUUCAGUGGACCUUUAGUGCAGUUUAAUGUCAACACUUGUUAAAAACAGUGUGAGCUUAAAGGUGUAAAAAGCAUGGAGAGAAGUUUGGCAUGUGGCUGCACACUUGUGCACAGAGCUGCUUCAACACCUCAGUUGAUGUCUUGAUCCAGACCCAGCUGCUUCAACUUUGAGUGUCCGCUGAUACUGAGUCCUGAGUUUGUCUGGAUAAUAGAGUUGUGCUCAGUCUUCUUAUUUGUAUGAUAAGGGAUGCACAGUGUUACUAGUAUAGUUAAGGUGUCGCUAGAGAAAAGCUUAAAAGUGAAUUUAUAGUAUCUGCAGAUAUUUACAUUUCUGCUUAUGAAGUUAUCAGCCAAAGAAGGUUGCAUUGAAUAUUUUAUACAUGACUAUAUGGAAAUAUUUUCACAGAGAUAUGUUAAGACUGCUUUUAUUUGAAUCUUGAUGAUAAAUAUUUAUGAACAUCUGAAAAAUGAUGUUCAUGUAUGAACUCAGUACAUGGUCAGGGCUCCUUUUGCAUAAAUCAUCUCUCCUGUGAUGUUAUGAAGCUCCUUCAUCUUGUCUGUACUGUUGCUCUAGUGUCUCUCAUCUUCCUCAUGAUGAUACCCCAGAUAUCCUCCAUGGGGUUCAGGUCUGGUCUGGCCAGUUGGCUGGCCAAUCAAGCACAGUGAGACCUUGGUUAGUAAGCUAGUUUCUGGUAGUUUUGGUGCUGUGGGCAGGUCCUGCUGGAAAGGGAAAUCUGUAUCUCCAUUAAGCAGAUUGAAGCAUGAAGGUCUCUCAAACCCUCUGGUAGACUGCAUUGACUCUGGAUUUAGACCAACUGCACCAGAUGACAUGGUGCCCAAAUUAUCACAGGCUGUGGAAACUUUAUACUGGACUGGAUUCUGAUCUUCCUCCAGAAUCUGGGACCUUGAUCUCCAUAUGAGACGUAAAACUGUCUUUUGAAAACAGGACUUUAGACCACUGAGCAGUAGUCCGGUUCUUUUUCUUCUCAGCCCAGAUUGGACUCUUAUGAGGUUGUCUCUCUGGUUCAGGAGUGUCUUGACAGCAAGAACACAACACUUAUAGUUGUGUAGUCACUCUUGAUGCUCUGACUCCAGCCUCAGUCUGCUCCUCCUUGUGAAGCUCCCUUAAGUUCUUGAAUCUGCUUUGUGUGACAGUCCUCUCAAUGCUGCGCUCAUCCCUGCUGUUUGGUCACCUUCUCCUCCAUCUCAUUUGCCUUCAGUCAACUUUCCAUGAAUCUGUUUUCUGUGAACAGCCGGCCUUUUCAGCAGUAAUCUUCUGUGGUGUCAGUGCUUGUCUUCUGGAAAACUCUCAUAUCAUUAGUCUUCCUCAGGACUGUGGUUGUGAGGACUGAACCAGAGAGAGAAUGAAGGCUCAGUAAACCUCUGCAGGUGUUCAGAGUUCAUUUAGAGCUUUUUUCAGGACUGAAAUGACUGACAAGAACGAGACAUCUUCAGUCGCAGCUGUACAAAUGACAAAAUAUAAAGUUUGUCUACUUCUGAUUUUUGCAUUGUUGAUGUUUUCAGAACAGUUUAGAUGAUUUUUUUGUCAAAAGAAAAACCUUAAAGUUGAAGCUGUGAUGUUCAUGGCUCACCGGUAGUAAAAACUUUCUUCAGUCCAGCCUGCUGAGGUUGCCAUCGUGUCCUGUUGAGCGUCACACGGGUGGAGAGGAGAGGAGCAGAGGGAGUGUGUUUGUUGGCAAUCACCCAUCACAUCUUUGUUUGACUGCGUGGAAGGAGGUUGCAGGGCAGGGAGUUUUUGUUUGCUUUUGUGAAUGCUUGCUCAUGUGACUGUGACACCUGUUUGAAGUGCGUUUGUUUGCAAAGUAAAGCCCCGCCCCCUUUUUCAUUUGUGUCUUCCCCUCCUUUGCGGAGAUUGUUUAUGUGUCAUAUCCAUUUGCACAUCAGAGUUCUUUACAUUCCACUCUCCUUGAUUCUCAAGAAAGAGCUGCUCACUCUCUCUCUGUUUCUGUUUCUUUAUGUGGUGAAUUUUACUUUCUUCCUCUUGAUUUCUGCUCCUCCAGGCUGGAUGCAUCACACAGUGGAGCAACUUGGGGAUAAAGGCACCAAGGACAGCUAUGCCAUCCAGUGUCUGCAGAAGUCUCUAGAAGCAGACCCAAACUCUGGCCAGUCCUGGUACUUCCUCGGCAGGUAAGACAAACAAAGAUGUGAGUGAGUGAGUGAGUAAUUUGCAUGGCUGACCUCUGACCUAGUGGGGCCUGAGAUGUGCUGAUUAGACUGUUUGUUAAAGCCAUCUGGAUUGAUAGAUUAGAUGGUUGUCGGUGAAGGUUAAUGCUCAGGUCGGGUGGCAGCAGGUGCUUGAAUUCUCCAGUUUUCUUGGCCGUUGAAGUUUUUUUUCCGCCUGAGAGCAAAUGAGGCGUCUGAGUGCACACAGGCAUCGGAGCAGAAAAGCAUACAUCACUCCCUCAGGGGCCGUGCUGUCCCUCAAGGUGUUGGCUUGGCUGGGCUUGGCUCAUGGUGACUUCACUAGUUCUUCUUCAUCAACAGUCACACCUCUGAAGGCUGAUGUCGAGAACUGAAACCAGGCUCCAAAUUUAUAAGAUACGCAGAUUCAAUGAGGCACAUGAAUUUCAAUUCUCCUUUUCGGUUUCUGAUAGUAAGUUAAAUCAUUCAUAUUUAAACCUCAGUGAGAAUUUUAAAGUCCAUAUUAGGUUGUUUUUUUUUUUUUUUUGCUGUGCUAGUGUUUAUACUGCACCAGUUUGUGAGGCUAGAGUCUAGGGUUUGACUUUGGCCUGGGUGAUUUGGUGAAAAAAUGAUCAUGAUAUAUUUUGUCAUAUCGUCCGAUCUCGAUUAUUAUCACAAUUUUUUUUAACUGCCAGUUUUAAGAACUAAAGAUUAGCUCAACAUUUUAUUAACGUACAAAAUAAAUAACAAAGCAAAUUGAAUAAGAGACACUUAGAAAAAUACAAAAACCAUCUUAACUCAACAGUACAACAAACGUAGAUAAAUACUAAAUAAUACAGUAAACUUGUUUACAGUCCUAAGUGUUUUUGCAGGUAUACAAGACCCAAAAUAAACAAAUCCCUCCCUCAGAGAUAAUAAAGACGCCUUAAAAUGUAAACAUCUGAUGUAGACAUAGAUGAUAUGAUUGAUCGCUGCUUUGGUCUGGUGGCUGCACUGCUAGUUGUGGCUAAACUGCUAAUGCUACUCAUGCCGUCAGCAGUGACAGGCUGUGCAAACUUAGCUCCAAUUUUCAUGCUUUCCACGUAAUCACUCAGGAAGUACUUCUUCAAAUGAUUAAACUGAUUUGUUGUGUAGCCGGUUUUUUGAGGGCACUGACUGCCAACAUCCCUUGUACAUCGGCUUAAUUGCUCAGCGUCACUUUGGAGAUAUCUAAACCACCGCCACACAACCGACGCUGAAUAACUUUUCUUCUCAACAAUGGCAUCUUUGGAGGUCACGGCUGACAGCUAUUUUGCUGCCUUAGCUCUGCGUUUAGCUCCACAUUCGGUCGUACUUCUCUGGCAACUUACAAAAGUGAGCAGGAAAAGCUCGACUCUGAUUGGCUGUUGUUUCAGCCAUGUUUGAUUAAGUAAAUAUGCUCACAGCUGAUCAACGCGAUCGAACUGAAAGUUAUCAUGAUCAUCAAUCACGAUCAUAUAAUCGCCCAGUCCUAGUUUGACUUUGCUUCACCAAAAAUGGAUCCCAUGAUAUUUCAUCACAGGUGUGUUUUCAACAUUUUGAUUUGUAAACAGGUGAUUUAUUUCUCUUUCUCUUCUGUCUCCUUCUCAUUCCUCCAGGUGCUACUCCAGUAUCGGGAAGGUGCAGGAUGCCUUCAUCUCUUACCGUCAGUCCAUCGACAAGUCGGAGGCCAGUGCUGACACCUGGUGCUCCAUAGGGUAAGAACAGAAGAGCUCGACUUUCAUACUGAAGGAGGCAGAGGCCUUAACUGAAAUCAGUUUAAACUGGAUGAAAUGGUUCAUCAUCUGCUCUAAAAAAAACUCUCAUGAUGAUUCAAAGAGGGAAAUGUGACAGAGGACACAGGCAGAGGGAGGGGAUUGAGAUAGGAUCUAUAGAUAGAUAAACGUAUGGAGACUAGAGGGCUGGGUCUGUCCCUCAGGAGUCAGUGGGAUGGCUCAGAUAAGAUAAAGACCUAAAUCCUGGAGCAUGCUCAAAGCCUAACCUCCUCCUCUUCUCUCCCUCUGCCCUCAGGGUUCUCUACCAGCAGCAGAACCAGCCUAUGGACGCCCUGCAGGCCUACAUCUGUGCCGUUCAGCUGGACCACAGCCACGCCGCCGCCUGGAUGGACCUGGGAACCCUGUACGAGUCCUGCGGGCAGCCGCACGACGCCAUCAAGUGCUACAUCAACGCUACACGCAGCAAGGCCUGCCUCAACACGGCGGCGCUCACACAGCGCAUCAAACUGCUGCAGGUAGGUUCAGCCCUCCCUCAGGGUCCAGCCUGUUUGUUUGAUAUCGUGGAGUAUUUUCGUGUUUGUGUAUCAAAGUGCUGUGUUUGAUGCCAAAGCUUUUUCAAACGAGCUUUCUAUCAUUUUGAUUUACGAGCACUGAGAUAUGAAUAACGAUUCAUAUUAACGUGUUUAAAGACAUUUUCCUCACUCGUACCUGUAAAGCAUUCCUUCAUGGCAUUAAACAUUUCCUAUUAUACUCUGUAAACCUAAGAAACACCACCUGUAUGUCGUCUCUGUGGCACCUCUCUAAAGUUUGUGUCUCACACGGUUUCUCCUAGGCUCAGUUGUGUAACCUGCAGCCAGGUAGUCUGCAGAAUAAGAGUAAAAUGCUUCCUAGUAUUGAGGAGGCGUGGAGCCUUCCCAUUCCUGCUGAGCUCACGUCCAGGCAGGGGGCCCUGAACACAGCACAGACACAGCAGGUGAGACCCAGCUCCUACCGCAGACUCCUGCCUCUGAGAUAUUACUGAGCAAUUAAAUUUAAGAGGGUUGUGAAAGCUGAAGCAUCGCUGUGAUCCUGUCAGGUUGAUUUCCUUCUUGGUAAUUGAUGUAUCUCAAAUUCUGGUUUGCAUCUGAGCUCUGAAAGAUCAUGAUGUUAAAGUUAGAAGAAUCAGAGUAAGGCCUGUAUUGUUUGCUAGUAGAAAGCAUAAUUGACCUUGUCAGUGCCGCUCGAGUGGAAGAAACAUUUUGUAGAGUUUCAAGAGAUGUUAUUUGUCCCGUCACUCUAAUCUUAAAUGUACAAACAUAAAGCCUAAGUCUAUAGCAUAUUUGGCAAACUGCAAGGCAGGAAAUGCUUGCUGAAUUAAUGCAGUAUAUCACAAUGCAUGUGUAAUAGUUUGACCUGAAACCUUCCCCUCUUUAUAUUUUUGUGCCGUGUAUUUGAGUUAUAUAUUUAAAAACCUGAAACAAUAGUUUUAAAGAUAAGAGACAAAUCAUACAGCUUAGAGGUAAAUAAAUACUCUCCAUCAUCAUCACAUCAGUUUUUUUUCAGCACUUUUAAUUUGCAAUUCUUUUUUUAUUAGCAUGGAUUUUUUUCUAUAAUAGAUUUUCACUCCAACAUCAUCCUCUGCCUGCUACAGAAACUUCACUUGCUCACUUUCCCCUCCAUACAUUACUAAACAGAGAACCGGGGAAACUCUCACUCCAAACUAGUUGGGAUACUGGUUGAAACGUUCGUUAAAACAGAAUAUGGUGGUUUAAAAGUCAUUUAAAAUCUAUUUACAGUUGAAAAUAGUGCAAAGAAAAAAUACUCAAUGCUGUAACUGACAAAUCUCUGCUCAUUUUAGAUGUGAUAUCAGUAACAUAUUUCUAAAAAAAUAGUUUCAGGGUCAUGUUUCCCCUCUAUGUGUCAUCAGCUCUUCUUUUACCAACACUCAAUAAAUGUCAGUGAGCCCAGGAGACCAGUUUCUGUUGUCCCAUAGAGGUUUUCAGCUGCUUAACAGCUCAGGGUCUCCUUUGUCCUAGAUUUUGUGUCAUGAUGCUCCAAAUGUUUUUAACUGGUUACAAGUCAGGACUGCAGGCAGACCAGUUUCCCAGCAGGACUCUUCUACUUCAGAGCCAUGCUGUUGUAAUCCCUGCUAAAUGUGGUUUUUCAUUGUCUUCCCUGAUAAAGUCAGUGUCUGGAUGUCAGCAUAUGUUGUUCCUAAACCUCAUUAGCUUGGAGACGAUCCUCAACAACGAAUCAAAUAUGAGAACAUAUUUUUCACCGAACAUUUAAGAAUUUUAGUUUCAUGAUUGAUCAGCCUCUGAAUAUGUUGUUUGCACGCCCAAAAAGCCCUUCACCAAUGCAACAUUAGUUUGCAUGACUCAUUCAUACAUCUGGAUCACAGCAUGACCCCUCUGAUUAUCACCUUAAUCAAACCCUCUCAGUUAGAUUAAGGUGAAAACAAUGACCAUCAUUUAAUAAUCAGAGUAUUCUUUAAAUCCUUGUGCAUGUAAAUGUAGCAUCGUGUUUGCUCCAGUUCUGAUAAAACCACCACUUUAGGGAUAACUUUGACUGUACUGUACUUAGCUCAAAGAAAAGUAGUUUCAGUAUUUUGUUAUUCGGUGUCCUCACCCUCUGCGUUGUCUGUGCUUCCAGGCCUGUAAGGGGGAGGCAGGUCAGACCGCCAGCAACCACACAGAUCCACAGGCCAGUCCCGCCAAGAAGAAACGCACUGCCAGCCCAGCGAAGGUACAGCUAAGAACAAUCGCAUUAAAAAUAUCACUGCGCCGGAUAAUAAAGGUGAUUAGAUCCGUGAAAAACACAGACUCUCUCUCUCUCUCUCUCUCUCUCUCUCUCUCUCUCUCACAGGGUGCCGCAGACUCGUGGGUAAACAACCCGAAUCAGCAGCAGAUCCCCAGCUGGUAUUUAACGCCACAAAAGCUUCAGGUAGGAAACGCCUCAAAUGUCAUGUGCAGAAAGUCUUCAUACUGGAGUCUGAUGUGUUUAUUGAGAAUUUGCUCCAUGAAUCAAUCCAUUAUCAGAAUCAGUCCGUCCCCUCCAGCAGGACACUUUCUGAAGUAUUGUUGUUGUGAACGCAGACACAAGAAACAAGAAACAAAUCUGGUCCUUGAGUUUUUAUCAGUUAAAUGAAGUUCAACUUUAUGAAAAAAUGAUAAUCUUGCACAUUAUUCUGAAAAGGCUGCUUAUUCUGAAUGUCAUUAUUAACUUGUUGGACUGAGCUCAUUUGCCAUUCUGCGAAAACAUGCCCUCUAUUUUGAACAGAAACUCUGCUGUCCGAUUUAAGACGAUUUUAUUGCUGCUCGCUUCUUCCUUUUCCGAUCAGAAAAAUGUGUCUUCUCAAGGUUGUCAUACCAUCACGAUCUCAUACCGACCCAUUCAACACUCCUCCUUUAUUAGCUCGGAUUCAUUUAAAGAAAAAAGUUAGAUAUUGUUAAGGAAAUAAAUCCUCCCUCAGUGACAAACACAUUUCACCCAUGAAAACUUUGCUGCGUCUCCUUAAGUUUGGCCAGACUUGCAAUUCUGCCAUGACCCUCAUCUCACAUAUGUAUACUGUUUUAUUAGUCUGGCAGGCAAGUUUGGCGUCUGUGGACUUCUUACUUUGGAGAGAUUUAGUUUGCUAUAAGGAACUGAAAAGUGUAACUGAAAUUCACAAACCUUAACGAAUCCACAAAUCUCUUUAGAAGCAGUUUUAAAUUGCAAGAAUUGAUACCCAGACCUGGUCCUGAGGCAGUUUAAGUCUGUCUCACCAAAAACCAGCAGUUAUAACAUCACAAAAGAUGCUUCUCAGUCUCUUUGGACUUUGGCCCAACUCUCAGCUGUACUUUCAAAUAAGAUGUUUGUGAGCUUCUUGAUGAAUGUAACUUUAUUGUGUAACAUGCAGCACCUGGAACACCUGAGGAGCAACCGAGCAAACCUCAAGCCCCCCCAGGUGCAGAUGCUGGAGCAGCUGGAGAACCAGUUCUCUCUCAUGCAGCAGCAUCAGCAGCAGGUACACAAACGCACCCGUGUGUAAGAAUGAGCGGAGUUUAUCUGCAGUGUAAGAAGGUGUAAAUUGUGUUUUAAUCGUUCCUCCUCCCUUCUCUGUGUUAGAUGAGGCAGCAGGCAGCAGCAGGCGGUCAGCCGCGGCCCAGCCUUCCCAACGGUCCUUUGGCUGAGCCCUCGCUCCACGCCGCAGGCCUCAACCGCACCUCCCCCCUCAACCACACAGCCAUCCGGCCCCCGUGUGUCACCCAGCCCACAGCCAACGGAUCCUGUUCUUCGAGUCCCUCAGCGGGGCUGCCGGGACACCUGGACAAGAAUCACACCCUGGGACUGGGGGGUGGCGGCGCGAGCAACGGAAACGUGCCUUACCCGCAGCAGAACUCUCUACCUCACAACUGCACAGCCGCCAGUCACCCCAGCACCAGCAGCACUACCAGUAGUCCCAGUCACACAGACGAGACCUGGAGGAGCCAACAACGCAACACUAACACUCAGGUAUCACAUGAUCACCUCAUUCAGGUGUUUUUGUUUUUAAUCCAGUUUAUCUUGUUUUUAGCACAAUAAUGGGCUGUUAUCAUAUUUAUCCUUUAUAUGUCAAAAUAAACGUAGCACUCUGACAAUCAACCAUAACAAAACAAAAACGCCUAAAGAAGACGCAGAGACUUUUAGCAGGAGGCCCAGAGUAACAAAUACAACAAAUUGCACCAAAAUACCACUUGGCAGACUAGAGAACAAAACGUCCAACAGUCCCUGAACACAACAGGAGUCCAACAUGAGUUCAACUGUAUGAAGAGCAUGGGGGCCCAAAAGUAUGUUAUUCUAUCUAUAACCUGAUGUAUCGCACAUGAAUUGUGAAAAAUAUUCACUCAGCCAGACGUGGGAAAGAAGUCCUGCAGGGAAACUGACCCGAGAUCAUUUAUUUAUUUACUUUAUUUUAUUUUAUUAUGUGUAUGUAUAUAUAUAUAUAUGUGUGUAUACAUAUAUAUUUCAAAUUUACUCGUUAUUCUGUUAUUUAUUUACCUACUUAUUUAUUAUUUUAUUUUGAUGACUUAUGAUUAAUUUUUUGUUGUUUUUUCUUUUCUCUGCUCUAUUAUUAUAAUAGUAAUUAUUUUUGUAAUUUUUGUGAAGCUUUAACGCUUGCUCUUUCCUCUUCCGCUCUUUCCUCAACAAGCAUCACGAUCUAUAAAAAAAGGGGGAUAAAGAGGGAACGAGCUCACCCACAAACACACACACUUCACAACACACAUAAAAACACUCACCUACCCUCACUUAAUGAAACACAGCCUUGCAACGCCGUCUAAAUGUAUCUAAAUGUUAUGUGUUUCUUGUCACUUUGUCUUGUCUCCAUUGUCUGUCUGCACUGUAUUUAUGUUGUCAACCACAGAUCUGUCCUGCAUCACCUAACUAAAAAACGUAUCUAUAACCUGAUGUAUCGCACAUGCAUUAUGAUAAAUCUUUCACUCAGCCAGAUGUGGGAAAGAGGUCCUGCAGGGAACUGACCCCAGAUCAUGAUACGGCUCAUAUCUGUCUUUUGCAGAGUCUCUAGUUUUAUGAGGUGACAUUGUGGUUUUUUCCUCUCUCUGCAGGGGCUUCAAAAAGGUCCAGGUUCACAUUCGGCAGGUCCCAAUGGAGAACCCCCUUUCUCUUCCUCCUCCUCCUCCCCUCAGACCUCCUUCUCUUCCUCUGGCAUUCUGAAUCAGGUCGGACAUUCCUCUGGGCCCUGCACUGCCUCCUCCUCGGCCUCCUCCUUGUCCCCCACCUCCCCCAACUCCACCCCCAACCACCUGUCCUCUCCCCCCCACUCCACGACUACCUCAGGGGUCCACACCAAAGACGCCACGCCUUCAGGGGGCAACAACGGCAGCAACGGCGGAGCUGCCACUUUGCCAUCAGGUUCGGAAGCCGCUGUCAGGCACUCAGCAGGGACACCUUUGAGUCCCGGCUCCGCCCCCGCGCAGGGAUUGACUAAUCACGUCCAGCCGCGGGUGACAGACAGCACCGUUAGCCAGUCUCAGCCUGGCUCUCCUGCCCCCGGCGUGCUCACUUCAGACAAUCCUCAGCUCUCAGCCUUGCUAAAGGGAAAAGCCAAUGCCACCAGUAAUGACGACAACAAUAACUACAGCAACCAUGGAGGACCUUCCUCAGAGAAGAUCAACAACGUCCACCCGGGUCUCCACGGUGCCACCAAGCCAACGUCAGAGCCGGCAGCGACCGUCGGUACGCCGUCUCCGUGCUCUGCAGACCCUCACACCGCUAACAGCCUCUCCUGCCUUAACAGCCCGUCCAGCACGACCAGUCAGGGGCCCACCGUCAACGGGAAGGGCCCCGAGGACUCCCAGAGCCCGAUGAAGGUGGAGCCUUCAGGAGACGUUCAGAAACACAGCGUCCCUGCUGGUCUGGCUCCCUGGUCUUCAGUGUCCAUCUACCCCAGCUCCAGUGAGGUGCUCAAAGCCUGCAGGUACGAACGAACUUCAACCCUGAUUUGACGGUUUAAGAACCAGUCAAGUCUUUAAAUGAAAAUAGUGCAAAGAAAAUUUUAAAAGACAACAUACAACAAUAUAUAUAGGUUUAGGAGCACUUUAUUAACUUUCUGACCUUUGUUUUGUCUGCAGGAACCUGGGGAAGAACGGCCUGUCGACCAGCAGCAUCCUCCUGGACAAGUGUCCCCCGCCCCGCCCCCCUCGGCCCCCCUCUCCUCCGCUGCCAAAGGACAAACUCAAUCCCCCCACGCCCAGUAUUUAUGUGCGUUCAGACACACCGUACAAGGAGAAAUAUUUCAGAUGUUGUUCUUGCGGCUGCAGCUCUCACAAUUUACUCUUUUUUUUUUUUUUUUCUGACCUGCAGCUUGAAAACAAGAGGGACGCCUUCUACCCUCCUCUUCAUCAGUUCUGCACCAACUCUGCAAACCCGGUCACCGUCAUCAGAGGACUGGCUGGAGCUCUCAAACUAGGUACAUGCACGCAGAAAAGAACGCCUGUAAAUUGUUUGAAUGUUUAUGUUUCAGGCGUCAGACUCGGUGAAAUGUAGAGCUUGAGAGCAGCUGGGUGUUUGUGUCUGCUCCAGUCUCACAUGGCUCUGUGGGUGUGUCUCUGAGAUCAUGACAGGCAUUGUGUGUGUAUGUGUGUAUGAGUGUGAGUGUGUGUAUGUGUUUGACUUUAACAUGUAUAACAACAGCACCACCUGCAAGUGAGAAUUGUUACUGCACGUGUUUGCUGGAGAGGAAAUUUAGGAGCUUUUUGCCAACAAGUUUCAGGCAUCUGCUGCUCAGUCACUCUGAUUUACUGCCUGAUUAUGUAAAACUGAAAUCUGACAGAGUGGUUUGUGGUUGAUUUGUAAAGGAAUUUUAUCAUCAACGGUUAAAAACAAGGACAACCGAACCAUCCUGUAUGCCCCCUUUUGAGCAGAGUCUCACCUUGUUCUUCCUCGGGGAAACAGAAGAAUACAAACAUACUUUUUUUAAACGGUCUCCCUUUUGAUCCCAAAGACUGAAAUCAUGUUGGUGAAGCUCCUUAAAAACCCUCAAAUUAACAAGAACCGUUUUUUUUUCUGAGUCUGAAAACAAAACAAAAUCCUGAAAUUCAAACCUUCCUUCAUUUUCCACAUCAUGCAGAUCUGGGCCUGUUCUCCACGAAGACAUUAGUGGAGGCCAACCCAGACCACCUGGUGGAGGUUCGGACUCAGCUCGCUCAGCCCACCGACGAGAACUGGGACCCGAGCGGCAGCAGGAAGAUGUGGCGCUGCGAGAGCAGCCGCUCGCACACCACCAUCAUCAAAUAUGCUCAGUACCAGGCUUCGUCCUUCCAGGAGUCUCUGAGGGUCAGUGAGGACACACACACACACACACACACACACACACACACACACACACACACACACACACACACACACACACACACACACACACACACACACACACUGGCUGGAAAACUGAUACAUGCAGAUGGACCAAAGCUGAGCAAUGAACCUCUGAGGGAUUUUAUUUGUAUUAUUGGCCACAUACUAACGUUGCAGAUUGUUCUGUUAGGGUGCACGUUUGAUCCCAGACUUGAUUUUUAAAGUUUUACCGUGUGAUCCAAGUUUGAGUCCUUUACGAAGCGCCCAACUACAUUCAGCUCACCGUUUUCCUCACUGAGGGGUCCGCAGCUCUUAAAAAGCCUCAGCUUCAGCCUUUUUCUGUCUCUGCCUUCUCAGUUAAAAAUGUUUCAACAUUUGAAACACCUCAGCGCUUAUUACUGUCACUUCUUGACUACUGACCUAUCAGAAUUGAAAGGGGCGGGACUUCUGAUAACAUCCUUGGCAGAGGUCCGUAUGGGAGAGGAAGUGAUCACACUUGUUUCAUUGAGGUUCAGUUUUCAGAUCCAGAGCUGCUCGUUUUGAGUGUUUGUAGUUUUCUCUGUAAAGAGUCAUUUUGAAGCAUACAGAACAUUUAUAUACGAUUGCUUUGACCACAGGGGGCGCCAGAAUGACACAAAUCGAACGUUCCUCACAGGAGCUUUAAGUCUAUCAAAAUUCAAACUACUAUAAAUCUAAUAAGGGACAUUGAAUUAGCUCUACAGUGCAUGAGAUCACUGUAUGUCUGUGUGGAGCUUCUUAUUUGUUACUAUUCUGCAUCUGUAACCAAGUCAGUGCACCUCUUCCCUCUCCUGCUUUGUUAUUUUGACCUCUGUUGAAUUCUUGUGGGAAUUCCUCCUUAAAAUUCUCAGCAGAGACUUUUAUUUCUCUUUUUUAAGUUAAACAGAUAAAUCGUAUGCUGUUUAGUGUUGUCUGCACAAGUGUUACCAGAGUUUUAACAACGCCAGUCUACCUCAGUUGAUGACACAACACCAAUCUUUGCUGUACUGCGUUUUUUGCUCGAAUUUCCAGUUAAACUUAUGUAACUCUGUUUAUGCUGUAACCCUCACCCCCCUCUAAAUGUAUGAUGCUCUGUGUUAGGAGGAGAACGAGAAGAAGAAGGAGAUGGAGGCAGAGGCAGGUUCAUCAGACAGGUGAGUUUUUGUCUCUCUUCUUCAGGUAUCAGCUCAAGGUGUCUGCUUCUAUAUUUCCGUCACUAACUCCAUCAGCUUGUAUUUCUCUCUCAGUUUGAUGCGACGCAGGAAAGGUCCUUUCAAACACAUCAAGUUUGGCACCAACAUCGACCUCUCUGAUGAGAAGAAGUGAGUCUUUCCCCCUAAGAUUGGAAAAUAUGGAACACCUCCUUCUUCUACAGUCCUAUGAUAACCUUUAACCCUUUUUCUUUCCUCUCAGGUGGAAACAGCAGCUCCAGGAGUUGUCCAAACUUCCAGCCUUCGCUCGGGUUGUGUCAGCCGGUAACCUGCUGAGUCACGUGGGUCACACCAUCCUCGGCAUGAACACGGUGCAGCUCUACAUGAAGGUGCCGGGGAGCAGGACUCCAGGUACCUCAAGACCAAGAGAACUAAUAUCCGCUUUUCUAUUUGUGUCUCUUUGUUUCUAACUCAGUCUUCUUGUCUCCUAGGUCACCAAGAAAACAACAACUUCUGCUCCGUCAACAUCAACAUCGGUCCUGGAGACUGUGAGUGGUUCGCUGUGCCGGAGACGUACUGGGGCGUCAUCAACGACUUCUGUGAAAAGUAAGACAGAGAACGGACUCCUAACACUUUAAAACCUCAGCUCUUUUUUUAACUGAUUGUGUGUCGAAAUGAAAAAAUGUCAGUUCUAUUCUGCAGAGGACGGAUCUCUUUUGUCCACAGCUGCCUUUAUCGCUUGAGCUUUUUCUGCAUAAUUAGGCGCCGUACUUAUUCGUGUUAGAUCCAGGCUUUUUUAUUUAACACACAAAGGUUGCACAAAAGUACAGAAGCCAUGCAAAUUCAGAUUUUUUUUAAGGAAAGGUUUUGUAAAUGGAGUCUGGUAGCUCAGGAGAAACCUGCAUCAAAGUGUCUUCCUUUAAGAUAACAGCUCUGUCUCUGCAGGGAUCCUCUGGGUAAUGUUGUCAGACACUUGAAAUAACAAUCUGAGCCUGUCAAGAGACAAAAAAGAGAUUCAGGAGGUUAAAGGUCUGGGAGAUAAAUAUCAACAGUUGUUUUAAGAUGAGCAAAAUGAAAUUACGGAGUAUAUGGUAUUAGUUUUUCCCCAGUCAGAGCAUGUCUUCAAACUCCACGCAUACCCACCUCAGUAUGAUCAAGUCUACCGGGACAGACUUCUGUACAUGCAGAUUGAGAGGUCAUGCAGUAUGCAAGAGCGAGCUGAUAAAAGACUUCGAAGACCACAUUCUUGUUUUUCAUUUAUGCAUUUUUAAUAGAUGCAAAAUCUCAUUAGUCGUCAUCAUCUGCAGAAUUCCUUCAAAAUAUCAGGACAUUAUUUUCUGUCAGUAUUGCUCACCACCGUUAAAAGGACAGAUGUCCAAGAGAUAAAUAUGUGCUGAAAGCUGAUGUUGCAGCUGUUACAACCCUCUGUGUUCACCGGCUCAUGCAAUCAACUUGAAAAAUUGAAAAAAAACACUUUUUGAAAAAUGUAAUGUAAGUAUUAUAUCAUCAAGAUUUUAGCUCAUCAGUGAGUGUGUUUUCUUUUUCAGGAAUAACAUCAACUUCUUGAUGGGCUCCUGGUGGCCGAACCUGGAAGAUCUGUACGAGACCAACGUGCCUGUUUACCGGUUCAUUCAGCGCCCGGGGGACCUGGUGUGGCUCAACACAGGAACCAUCCACUGGGUUCAGGCUAUCGGCUGGUGCAACAACAUCGCCUGGAACGUUGGACCCCUCACAGGUGAGAAAACAGUCUCUGCAGGUGGAGGCGGGUUCAGCUCUAUGACUGAGAACUUCAUCCUCAGCUGGUUGACUGAACUGAAAUAAGUGACGUUUGCAUCGUCUGUUUUCACCCUCAGCUCAUCAGUAUAAGUUGGCAGUGGAGCGAUAUGAGUGGAACAAGCUGCAGAGCGUCAAAUCUAUUGUUCCCAUGAUCCACCUCUCCUGGAACAUGGCCAGGAACAUCAAAGUGUCCGACCACAAGCUCUUUGAGAUGAUCAAGUGAGGACUCGCUGCUUUCCUAUACGACCGGUUUGGUAUGUUUGUCUCAGUUUGAACUCAUCUCACCUGUAUGUGUGUGCGUGUUUCUCUCUGUGUGUGUGUUAGGUAUUGUUUGUUACGGACUCUGAAGCAGUGUCAGAUGCAGAGAGAACUCCUCCUGAAUGCUGGGAAAGAGCUGGUGUGGCACGGGAGGACGCAGAACGAGCCAGCGCAUUACUGCAGCAUCUGUGAGGUGAGAACACAAACUGCACUGACAUCCUCUGUGCUGCAUUUAUCCCCCUGAGACCUGAGCUGCUGUUGGCUCUGCAGGUUUAUUUACACUUCGAUAUCAGGAAUGAUAAAACCGAAGCUCCAUCUCCAGGCUGGAAGUGUUUUUAUUGUCACAUUUUUACUGUCGAACACAAAAAGCUGUAUAUUUCAUUUGCAUUUUAACUUGUUUCAUACUUUUAACCCUCUCGAAGAAUGAAAAAUAAGUAAAUAUGCUCACAAGAAAGUCAACUUUGAAUAAAUUAGCACCAUUAAUUAGCUCUAGCUGCCUCAACCUUCUCAGUUUGCUCUGACACUGUUGCCCUUUCCUGUCUCGACUCCGCUCAGGUGGAAGUGUUCAACCUGCUGUUCGUCACCAGCGAGAGUAACAGCAGGAAAACGUACGUGGUGCACUGUCAGGACUGUGCCCGCAGGGCGAGCUCCAACCUGGAAAACUUUGUGGUGCUAGAGCAGUACAGGAUCGAGGACCUCAUGCAGGUUUAUGACCAGUUCACACUCGUGAGUAUCACACACAACCAAAGCCUUCCAUCAGGUUUACUGUAUACUAGUAGUACUCUGGUGCAGAGUACAUUUACGGGUUUGCCUCCAGCAUGUCACUCUAUGCUGUCUCUCCUCUUUUCCUCUUUCCACUGUCCGAAAACAGCCUGAAAAUAACUUGUUAAAAAUAUGAUUAAGAUAAAGGCAUGUGUACUGGUUGCAGGAGCUACAAACGAAUGAUAACAGCAGGUGUGGUAUUCACAUUUAUAGCAACAAUUCAUUAUCGCCUAUGUAUUACAGAUAAUUGAUAAAACUAAUUAUUAAAAAAAAAAAACUUUACUCUAAGAUAAACAUGAUCUACAAUGCAAAACUUUUUCUCUGCAAUGAACAUGAUUAACACUGCAUAUGACAUCCUGUAUCCUGCUGUAUGCAUUUGUUAUGUAAUGUGCAUUACCUACCAUUCCAUAGAUAUUUGCCAUUUAGUAUGCAUUGUUUACCCUUCAACAGACAUUAUCCACUGCACAGUGUGAAUGACCUUCCAUUGAAAAUAUAUUAUGUACAUUGUAAUGUAACAUAUCAUACCCCAUCCACUAUGUAACAUUCAUUUGCCAAGUAUACAUUCUUUACCAUGCUUUUUACAUCAUCAGCCAUGUAUCUACCAAUCAGGAUUCAGCGUGCUAUUUACAUUAUUUACUAUAGGUUAAACACUCAUACAUUAUUAACUAUGCAAUUUACAUCAUCUGCUGCACAAUAUACACUCUUUACAAUGUGUAAUACAUUGUCUAACACAUUGUUUUCAGUACCCUUCGUAUAAAAUACAUUAUGAAUUUUUCAAUAUACAUUUUUUCCCAUAUUUAAGACGUUUUCUUUUAAGUCAGUUGCGUAAUAAACAUUUAUAUCAACCACUGUGCAGUACAUGUAAGUCACUGUGCAUGUAUUUACCUCUCAAAGUUAGGAUGCAUAAGCUCAGUGUGUUGUCCCUGUCCCCCCUCACAGGCGAGCCCCCUGCCCUCCUGAUGCUCACACUGUUAACUUGAGGAGUUUGAACCACGAUCUGAACUCUGCGGAAAAUCUUUCCCUUCUUUUCUGAUAUUCAGGAAGUGAGCCGGCGGUCCUCAAACGGCGCUCUGUAGCUCCCCCAUCAGGCAGCUGGAUGAAAGCUGUGUGUCUAUGCAACCUGCCUGGAGCAGUGUGCCCCCUCCUCUUCCCUCAAAAUGGACUCUACAAGGGAGGGGGAGGCAGCUCCUCCUCCUCCUCCUCCUCCUCCUCCUUCUCUUCUUUCAUCAUGACCAGACUGUUCUCCUGCUGGCCCAGAAAAACACAAAAAUCCACAGAAAGAUGAUGAAUUAAAGUUUUGUACAUAUUCUGUUUCACACAAAGACUACUGACUUUUCUUUUUACAUUUUUCUGUUUGUGAGACGACACCAGAGCUUUGUCCCCCCCUCCCUCAACGAGACGAGUAUUUAGCAUAGCUGGUCUUUUGUAUGUUAGCUAGAUUCCUUCCUCCUCCUUCUUCUCCUCCUCCUCAGUCAGGAAAAUAAGAGGUUCAGUUAAAAGUUGAGUGACUCUUCCUUUCCAACAUUUCUUUCUUUGAAUCCUUUACUUUGCUGGAAAGGAGGAGAUAUUUGUAGACAAACAGCCACGUCACAGAGAAAAAGGGUUGCACACAGACAAAAGAGUGAACUUUAAUUUGUGUUUCUUUUUUUAUUUGAUGUAAAUUUACACUAUUUAUAAAUGCAUAUUUAUUGCUUGAAAAUAUCUGUUGAUGGAAUGCUGUAAUUUUUUUCCAGAGUACCUGCCAUUAAAUUUGAAGGAGCCUUGUGAUUUUAAGCAACGGCUCCUCCUACGUUUUCUAUAUAAAUAAAACUGCUUAGUAAGCGUUGUACAGAGACCUUACCGGACAUAGGUUUAUUGUUUGAAGGAUGUUUUAUGAGUCAAUAAACAGAAACGGUCUUUAUUUACAUCUGCAGCUCUGUUCCACUUUAUUUUAGAGUCUAAUUAAGCCUGAUUUUACGCAUGAGCCACACUUUUGAAAUGUUUCUGUUAUUGUCAAGGAAGCAAACACAUAUUUUCAGUCUGACUUCAUCCAGACUUCUUUGCACCAGCUUCUUUGUGUGAAGUCUGAGAGAAAUAGGGGUGAUAUGAUGUGUGAACUCUACAGGUUAAAGGUAAACUUAAGGGGAUUUUCC